UUAUAAUAUAAUUAUAACUUAUAUUUAUACCAAUAAACAUGUUAGCAAAAUCAUUCACUAAAAAUAUGAUCAAUUCUAUUUGGUGCUUAUUAAUAGUAAUCAACUACAAAAUUUUGCGAGGGUGCGAAAUCAAAACAAUUUAUAAUGACACAGUUGUAGAGAGAUGUAUAACUAACAAUCGUUUGACAAUCUUAUAUGAUCAUCAAGCUGGAUCCAUGGAUAGAGACGCCGUCAAGUUCGAGAGUUGCAACGGAACUCUACACGUGUAUUAUGAGAAGAACGAGGAGGAAGACGGAUUUCAUUUUGUCAGAGUAAGAAUUAUACCAUUCCCUUCCCCUGAAGAAGAUUCGACUAAUGGCACUAACCAUCUGAUUACGCAAACCGAUACACAUAUUAAUGGAAACACUGUCUACAAAAGAUAUAACCUUAACAACAAAGGCUCCGUCUUUUUAUUAAAAGGAUUGCGCAUUGGCAAUCAAUCAAGAUCUAUUAGAUUACUUUGGCUUAAUCAUAUAAAAUCAAUUGCUUAAUAAAUAAAUUUGUAUAAAUGGGCAUUGGGGUGUUCACAAAAAAAAGAUAGCAUUUUUUAAUAUAAAAAAAUUAAAUUAAUCAUGGGGUAAAAAUUAA